UCACCGUUCCUCCUCUCCUCCCCCCACCCCUGACGAGACCUCCAAAACGUACCCCCUGUGCUCUCCUGAUCUCCCAUCACUCUCGUCCGAGUGCACCAACGCUCUACCUGCCGCCCGCCCCCUUGCUGGUGGACCUCCCGUUGAGACCCACAGCUCGGAAGCUGCACCUUUUGUUGACCGCCUGACAGUCUUCCUUGGACUCGGCUCAAGAUGCCAGAGCCCCCAAAGAAAGAUGAGACGGCAACCGCACAGCCGCAAGAAAGUGUUGCACCAGAAAGUAACGGUGCCCCGCUCCUCCCUGCGAUUUCCCUGGAGGUCUCUCCACCCCCAGAUGACGCCGGCGUCACAGCCACUAGUCCGCCCCCAUCAAUCCCUGCAGAGGAAGCCAAUUCACUCAAGAAACUCUCAAUUGAGCUGCCUAAUGAUAGCGUCCCUGUUACCUCCAUGGGGAGAAAAGAUUCAGUGUGGUCUUUGGGUGAAUCCCAACCCCCGGAGGAAUUGGAAAAGCCCAUCGAGACGCCACCGCUGUCCACCCUGCUAAUUGAAAAACCCGUGAGCGGCAUGGUGUCAGUCGGUGGGGACAUCACCUUUGUCGCCAAAGUAGAAGCAAAAGACCUUCUGCGCAAACCCACCGUCAAGUGGUUCAAGGGAAAAUGGAUGGACUUGGCCAGUAAGACAGGGAAGCACCUGCAGCUCAAAGAGACCUUCGAUCGCAACACCAAGAUCCACACAUUUGAGAUGCAGAUCAUCAAGGCCAAGGAGAACUACGCGGGCAAUUACAGGUGUGAGGUCAGCUACAAGGACAAGUUCGACAGCUGCUCCUUCGACCUGGAAGUGAAAGAAACCGGGGGAUCACAAAGUAUCGACAUUCGAUCGGCUUUCAAAAGGAGCACUGAAGGCCAAGACGAUGCAGGGGAGCUUGACUUUAGUGCUCUCCUUAAGCAUAGACAUCAAAGGGAGUAUAAACCACAGGACGACACUCCCGAGGUGGACGUGUGGGAGAUCCUGAAGAACGCCCGUCCGGAUGAGUACGAGAAGAUCGCCUUCAUGUAUGGUAUCACGGAUCUGAGAGGCCUGUUGCGCAGAAUGAAGAAGAUUCCCAAAGAGGAGAAAAAGAGCGAAGCCUUUGCCAAGAAACUGGAGCCUGCGUAUCAGGUGGAUAAAGGAGGCAAGAUCCGCCUGGUUGUUGAUCUGACUGAUCCCACGGUCGACCUGAAGUGGUACAAAAAUGGACAAGAGAUCCGUCCCAGUCCCAAUCAAAGGAAGUACAUAUUUGAGCACAAGGGCACACAAAGGAUCUUGGUCAUCAACAACUGUGGUAUGAAUGACGACGCAGCGUAUUCUGUGGCAGCAGGAGACGAGAAGUGUUCCACAGAGCUUUUUGUCAAAGAAUUGCCAGUAAAGAUCGUGAAAGGUCUUGAGCCCGUGGCAACCACAGUGAAUGAGCGGAUCGAGCUGGAAUGUGAGGUGACAGAGGAAGGCGCCCCUGUUAAAUGGAUGAAAAACGGUGUAGAGGUUCCAACAGGGGUUCGAUCCAGAUAUCGAGUCAAGUGCGAGGGAACCAAACACUUCCUGGUAAUCGACGACGCGUCCCUCGAAGAUACUGGGACUUACUCCAUCAUGGCCUCUGGAGGCUCAUCAGAGGCUCGCGUGAAGGUUGACUUGAAACCACUGAAGAUCCAUCAAGACCUGGAGGAUACAAAAGUAAUGCUGGGCAAGCCUCUGAAGCUGCGCUGUGAGAUCUCCCCAGGAAACGUCGCAGGCCGAUGGUACAGGAACGGACAGUUGAUCCAGGAAAAUGACCGCAUCACCAUCACACACAAGCAUAAAGUUCACGAACUUUCUAUUGAAUCGACCUCCCUUCACGAUUCUGGAGAUUACACUUUUGUACCUGAUGGGUACUCACAGAGUCUAUCUGCCAAGGUUCAUGUCAUAGACCCUCCAAAGGUGCACCUGGAAGGUUUGAACUUCGUCGACAACACUGUGACGGUUGUGGCUGGAAACAAAUUGCGCUUGGAGAUCCCCAUCAGUGGAGAACCAGCCCCCAAGGUGGUGUGGAUGAAAGGAGAAAGGGUUAUUCUGGAGUCGGGCAAUCGUGUCCGAGCUGAAACGUAUGUUGACCAGACGAGCCUGACGAUUGACAUCACGGAGCGCGAAGACACGGGCAACUACAAAUUAGUCCUUCAAAAUGAGGCUGGAGAGGCCUCAGCUCACAUCAAGUUGAAGGUUGUAGACAUCCCUGAUACUCCAGAAGCUCCUUUGGUCCCUGUGAUUGGAGGUGAUUGGUGCACUAUGACGUGGGAGGCACCCAAAUACGAUGGGGGUUCACCAAUUUUAGGCUACUACAUUGAGAGAAAAAAGAAGCAGAGCUCGAGAUGGAUGAGAAUAAACUUUGACCUGAUCAAAGAGACAACAUAUGAGCCCAAGAAGAUGAUUGAAGGUGUGCCAUACGAAGUGCGGCUAUUUGCAGUCAAUGCCAUCGGGGUGUCCAAGCCCAGUGAACCAUCCAAACCUUUUACCCCACUCGCUGUGACCAGUGAGCCCACCAUGCUGGUGGUGGAUGACGUGACUGACACGUCAGUGACCAUCAAGUGGCGUCCUCCAGAAACCAUUGGAGCUGCUGGUCUCGACGGGUAUUUAGUGGAGUACUGCCUUGAAGGAUCUGAUGAAUGGGUACCAGCCAACACCGAACUGAUAGACAAGACUAGAUACACGAUCACAGGCAUGAAACCUGAUACUAAAGUCUUCAUUCGAGUCAAGGCCAUCAAUGCUGCGGGAGCCAGCGCUCCGCGGACCACUCAGCAUGCAAUUCUUGUCAAGGAGGUUAUUGAACCACCCAAGAUCCGUGUCCCACGACAUCUGAAGCAGACUUACACCCGAAGAGUCGGGGAAACAGUCAACCUUGUGGUGCCAUUCAUGGGCAAACCGAGGCCAAAAGUCUCUUGGCUCAAGGAUGGUCAACCCAUAGAUCCUGCCCACGUCAGCAUUCGGAACACGGACUGUGACAGCAUCAUCUUCAUCCGCAAAGCAGAACGCAGUCACUCCGGGAAGUAUCAAAUGAAGGUGCAGGUGGAAAACCACGUGGACUCAGCUGAGAUCGACAUCCAGAUCAUAGAUCUACCUGGGCCGCCCCAGAUUGUGACUAUCGAAGAUGUCUGGGGAGAAAACGUAUCGCUGUCCUGGACCGCCCCCAGAGAUAAUGGCAAUGCUGCAAUAACUGGCUACACCAUUCAAAAGGCAGACAAGAAGACAAUGGAAUGGUACACAUGCAUUGAGCACUAUCAUCGCACCUCCAUCGCCAUCACCGAGCUCGUGGUUGGCAACGAGUACUACUUCAGGGUCUAUUCUGAGAACAUGUGUGGACUUAGCGAGUCGGCCACCCAAACCAGGAAAAGCGCCCUCAUCGUCAAAGAAGACAUGAAGAUGAAAAUCUUCGAGUUCAAUGACCACGACUUCAACGAGGCGCCCAAGUUCACGCAGCCGCUCAUCAACACGUUUGGCAUUGCUGGCUACAACACCACUCUCAACUGUAGCGUCCGUGCCCACCCCAAGCCCAAAGUGACCUGGAUGAAGAACAAGAUCAUCAUUGGCGAUGACCCUCGCUACCGCAUGUUUAGCAACCAGGGUGUGUGCACGCUGGAGAUUAGAAAACCCAGCCCUUACGAUGGGGGAAUGUACACCUGCAGGGCCAUCAACGACUUGGGGGAAGCCCAGGUGGAAUGUAAACUGGAGGUCAAAGGAGGGUUCACCUUCUACGAACUCAUGCAACGCGGCGUGCCCCUCCACCUGAUUGACAAGUACAUGACGGAGACAAAGGUUGUCGAACAAGACGAGUAACGACUUGUUGAGCUUUAGCUGCAAAACGUGCUGCCACGAGUGACGCCCCUCAUCUCUCAACUACAUCCAACCACUACGGGAGGCCAGCAGCCGGGAGGCGGAUGCGGGGAUGUAAGGGUGAUCGGGAGAUGGGGUGGGGGGGUCUACUAGUCUUUGUAUGGCAUGCUGUGUCACCCUGUAUUUUAUUUGUACGUCUCAGUCAGCUCAGAUGCAUGUCAGCAGUCCCUUUUCUUUUUGCUUAUGUGUGAAAACAACAUUAAGAAUAGCACACUACAUGUUCUUUUGUUUGCUGGGGUUGAAGGUACUCUGGAAGGGCAGGGGCAUGUAUAAACAAAUGUUUGUUUUGUCUUUGUAUGGUGUCUCUGAAGAAAACUGUUGGAUAAAUGAAUGUCGAUGACUCAUCUUAAUGAGAGGGCAAAGUGGGUGAAAAAAUAUGUGGUUUAUUCUGCAUGUAACCUUGUCAUUUUUGGAUUCAUAUUGGUGACUUGGGCAAGUACUGAAACUCUGUCAACAAGCGCAUGCCUUUGUAAUUAUGGCCCAUGGAUAACAAUAAAUGGCAAUUUUAAUUAUGGCAGUUUCUGGA